UGCUGGUCGCUGCAGGGCAACACCCCGGCGUCCCUGGAAGCGGGGAGCCGGACACCCCGGCGUCCCUGGAAGUAGGGGGCCGGGGUGGUGCUGGGGAGGCGGCACAGAGCCAUCGUCCCAGAACCCCGGGUUGGGGACAGGGUCACUGGGAUUGAGAUAGUCACGCCAGGGUGAAUCAUGGCUAGACGACCCAUCCUCUUGGGUGACCAGCUGGUUCUGGAGGAAGAUUCUGAUGAGACCUACAUCCCCAGUGAGCAAGAAAUACUUGACUUUGCCAGAGUGAUUGGUAUCGACCCCAUCAAGGAACCAGAACUGAUGUGGCUGGCAAGGGAGGGUAUUGAGGCUCCAUUGCCCAAGGGCUGGAAACCAUGCCAGAACAUCACGGGUGACCUUUACUAUUUCAACUUUGACACUGGGCAGUCCAUUUGGGACCAUCCAUGCGAUGAGCACUAUCGGAAGUUGGUAAUCCAGGAGCGAGAGAAGUGGUUGGCUCCGGGGGCCAUUAAGAAGAAAGACAAGAAAAAGAAAAAGGAAAAGAAAACCAAGAAAGACAAAGAGACCUCCAAAAGCCCUCUGGUCCUGGGUUCCCCCUUAGCCCCAGUCCAGGCCCCUCUUUGGAGCCUGGCUCCCUUACGAGGCCCUGGGGAUGCUCCACUCUCUGCUCUUCGUGGAUCUCAGAGUGUGAACCUGGGGAGCUUGGCAGAUUCUGGGCACCUUGGGGAAGCCACACUGUCUCCACAGGGUCUCAAGUCUGCUGCUUGUGCAAAGGGUUUCUUGGGUUCUGCCCACGAGGGCAAGCGUGCUCUCAGCCUCUUGGUUUUAGGGGAAGAGACCAACGAGGAGGACAAGGAGGAGAGUGACAACCAGAGUGUCCGAAGCUCCAGUGAGCUCCUCAAGAACCUGCACCUGGACCUCAGCGCCCUGGGAGGUAACUUUGAGUAUGAGGAGUCUCCAAGAAGCAGCCAGCCAGUGGACAAGAAGGAUGUUUCUGUUGACUCGGAUGCUGAUCGGCCCCCGACUCCUGGCAAGCUGUUCAGCCAGGGUGCUGACCGGAGUCUGGACAGUUCUGAUGGCAGCAGGUCCCGGGGAAGAGGGGCAAGUCCCUGGAACCUACAGAAAGAAAAUGAGAACAGCAAUCCCAAGGCUUCUGAGAGUCAGGUGGCUCCUGGGUUGGACCCUGGGGGUGAUCACCCUGCCAAGGCCUCUAAAAAGGAGCAGGGAGAGGAAGCCAUGGAGGCAGGAGAGGAAGGUUCCAGGAGGGGAACAGUCAAGGAAGCGUCCGCCCUGGAGGAGAGCACAUCAGACACCAGUGAGGAGUCAGAGGUCCUUGAACACUUGAAGGACCCACAGCUCUCCGAGUCUGAAGCUUCUGCUCCCAAGUCUUUCCUUGGCCUGGACUUUGGAUUUCGCAGCCGGAUCUCAGAGCACCUGCUGGAUGGUGACAUGCUUUCUCCGGUCAUGGGUGGAGCCUGCUGGGAGGCCCAGGAAUUAGGCCAUGAAGAACAAGAUGGCAGCCAGUCCAGCAGAGCCGAGCCGCAGAGCAAGCAUUCCCAAGUCUCUGAGAGGGAGCAGCUCCAGAGUGCCCUUCACAGCCAGGCCAGGGAGGAAGGGCCUCUGCAGACCCUGGAGGGGCAGCCCGAGUGGCAGGAAGCAGAGGAGCCUGGGAAGGACUCUGUAGCCAGCCCCAGCCCCCUGGCCCCCCUCCAGAGGGAGCAGGUCCUGAGCCCACCUGCUUUCCCUGAGAGGUCUGAGGAAAAGCACUCCCAGGCUGAAGAGCUGGGCCUUGGGCAGCAAGAGGCUGAGGAGCCUGAGGAGAAGGUGGCAGUCAGCCCCGCCUCACCUGUCUCUCCGGAGGUGCAAAGCACCGAGCCUGCAGCUCCCCAGAAGCAGUUCUCAGAGGCUAUCCUGAAGGCCAUGGAAGAGGCAGUGACCCAGGAGCUGGAGGAAGACCAGAGGCGGCUGCUGGACUUGCAGAAAGAGAGGCAGAAGCAGCCGGGAGAGAGGCUGGGGCGAGAGGAGGAGGAGGCGGUGGCGGAGGUGCGGCGGCUUCACCAGCAGAAGGAGAAAUCCCUCAGCCUCCUGAAGGCACAGCUGCAGAAAGCUGCUGAGGAGGAAGAAGAGGAAGAGGAAGAGGAGACUCGGAUAAGAGAGGAAGAAAGGCAGAGGCUGGCCCGCAUCCGGGCCCAGGUGCAGUCCAGUACAGAGGCAUUUGAAAACCAAAUUAGAGCUGAGCAAGAGGCCGCCCUGCAGAGGCUUCGAGAAGAAUCAGAGACCCUACAGAAGGCCGAAAGAGCCAGUUUGGAACAGAAAAGCAAGAGAGUGCUGGAGCAGCUGAGGGAGCAGCUGGAGGCUGAGGAGAGGAGAGCCCAGGCCGCCUUGAAGGCGGAGAAGGAGGCUGAGAAGGAGGUGGUUCUGCAGCAGCUGAGGGAGCAACUGGAAGGGGAGAGGAGAGAGGCAUUGGCAGGCCUCGAGAAGGAGCACAGUGCUGAGCUGGAGCGGCUCUGUUCCUCUCUGGAAGCCAAGCACCAGGAGGUGGUCUCCGGCCUCCAGAAGAAGAUAGUGGGAGCUCAGGAGAAGGAGGAGGCCCAGUUACAGGAGAGCCUUGGGUGGGCAGAGCAGAGGGCUCACCAGAAGGUUCAUCAGGUGAUUGAGUACGAGCAAGAGCUCAGCAGCCUCCUUCGAGACAAGCGCCAGGAGGUAGAGAGGGAACAUGAGAGGAAGAUGGACAAGAUGAAGGAGGAACACCGGCAAGUGAUGGCUGAAGCCAGAGAGCGCUAUGAAGCUGAGGAAAGAAAGCAGCGGGCUGAGCUCCUGGGGCACCUGACAGGAGAGCUGGAACGCCUGCGAAGGGCCCAUGAGCGAGAGUUAGAGAACAUGAAGCAGGAGCAGGAGCAGCAGCUGGAGGACCUGAGGCGUCGGCACCGGGACCAGGAAAGGAAAUUACAAGAUUUAGAGGUGGAACUUACAACCAGAACGAAAGAUAUCAAGGCCAGACUGGCUCAGCUGGAUGUCCAGGAGGAGAACGUUCGCAAAGAGAAGCAGCUACUCCUGGACGUGCAGAGGCAGGCUGCUCUGGAGAAGGAGGAAGCCACAGCCACCCAUCAGCACCUAGAAGAAGCCAAGAAAGAGCACGCCCGCCUGGUGGAUUCGAAGCGGCAGCUACGAAGGGUCAUCGAUGACCUGCGUGUGCGGCGGGUGGAGCUGGAGUCCCAGGUGGAUCUGCUGCAGACACAAAGCCAGAGGCUGCAGAAGCACGUGAGCGGCCUGGAGGCUGAAGUGCAAAGGAAGCAGGACAUGUUGAAAGAGCUGGCAGCUGAGAAGAAUACAUCCCCGCAUUUGGAGCCAGAUCUCCACAUUGACGACCUGAGGAAAUCCCUUGGCACAAAUGAGACCCAAGAGGUGUUCUCUUCCCUCUCCCAGAGCAAGGAGGAUAUCGACCUGUCUAUGGACAGUGUCCGGCACUUCCUCUCUGCUGAGGGCGUAGCUGUACGGAGUGCAAAGGAGUUCCUGGUGCGCCAGACGCGCUCCAUGCGGAGGCGCCAGACGGCACUGAAGGCCGCCCAGCAACAUUGGCGCCAUGAGCUGGCUAGUGCCCAGGAGCUGGAUGAAGACCUCCCAGGCACCAAGAUCCUGGAAAACGUGCGCAAGAACUUGGAUGAGGAGCACAGGCACCUGGAUGAGAUGAAGUCAGCCAUGAGGAAAGGUCAUGACCUGCUGAAGAAGAAAGAAGAGAAGCUGAACCAACUGGAAUCUUCUCUGCAGGAAGAGGUCUCUGACGAGGACACCCUGAAAGGAUCCUCUAUCAAGAAGGUGACCUUUGACCUCAGUGACAUGGAAGACUUGAGCAGUGAGAGUUCUGAGUCCUGCCCCCUGCCUCAUAUCACCUUGACCCCAGGUUCCGCUGACCCCAGCAAGAUCCAUUACCUGAGCAGUUCCCUUCAACGCAUCAGCAGUGAGCUAAACAGUGUGCUGAGUGUGCUGGGCGGCCUCAGCUCCCAGCCACCGCCCCAGGUCCUCAGCAGCCAGCCCCCGCCUCCGCUCCUCACCUCCUCGCUUCGGUCCUCCAAGAACGCCCCUGCCCCUGCCUACUCCCUCCUGACCAAGCCCUCAUCCUCGUCAUCUGUCACAUCCACGUCCACCCAGUGGGCCUGGGACCCAGGACAGGGCACCAAGCUCUCCUCCUCGUCGAAAACUGUGGAUGAUUUCCUGCUGGAGAAGUGGCGCAAGUAUUUCCCUUCUGGCAUCCCGUUGCUCAGCGGCUGCCCUUCCCCACUGGAGAACAAGCUGGGCUAUGUGUCUGUAAGUGAGCAGCUCCACCUCCUGCAGCGGUCCCAUUCUCGAGUCCCCAGCAUGGACAGUGUUAGUGUCCAGAGCAUGAUUGAGUCUAACCGGAAGUGGCUGGAACAUUUCAGGAAUGACCCCAAGGUACAGCUCUUCCCCUCGGUGCCCAAACCGACAACCACUUCAAACUUCCUGCAGCUGGGCCUGGAUGAGAACAACAGACUGAACGUGUUUCACUAUUGAGCCCCUUGCGGGGCCCGGGCAGUGAUGUCCUCCUCUACACCAAGUGCCUGAGGAGCCUCAGCACUUUAUUUCCCUCUGAUCAGGCAUGUCCUCAGUUAUGGGAAGCCCAGCAGGACUGUAAGCGGCCACACACGCUCCGCCAGGACGUCUGCAAGCUUCUCCAUAUAAGUGGCUGCUGAGGACUUCAGGGGUGUGGCCACCUUCAAUCAAAGCCUUGGGAAGCCUAGGGAGUGUCCUCGGAGGUUGGGUUCCUGGCCUUCAAGCCCUGCUGAGGGCUCUCAUGGCGGUGGAGAGUGUGGUCCUUUGUUCAGGAUAGUCCCCUAGCAUGGCUAUGGCCUGGAACUCGGCAGUGCUGGGUCUUUCUGAUACCUCAGCCCCGUAAGGGCUGCAUCACUUCCUCUCUUUUUGCCUUUUUAAUGUCUGCUUUUGACUAUCUCAGGUUUGGCCCUGUUAGAGGGCCCCAAUGUUCUGCCCUUCUCCCUCAGCCAGCACCGGGCUUUCCUCAGGGCGAGCAGCCUUCCCUUCCUUAGGAUGAUGCCCUCUGGAGCUCACCCUUGCUCUCAGGUCUCACACACCCAUCUCUCCAGGAAGCCAAAAAGAAAGCCAUAGGAAAAGACGGGCAUGGCUUCUGCUCCGUCUUGAUAUUUCUCUUCCUACAACAUCGCUCGUGUACCUGUGAGCCCUGUUUCCAUCGGUCCUUCUACCUGGGCCACCCUCACCCCAAUCCAACUAUCAACUCUUCCCAGAGCUCAGUGGAAGGGCUGACUAGUGUCUGGUACUGGCAGGGGCUGUCUUGGCCAGUUGGUGCUUCUGGCACAGCCUCUACAGCCCCACGUCCCCCAGCAGGCUCUGCAGGCGAUGUUCUCGGCAUCUGUCUCAUUGUUUAAACAAAAUGCCCUCAUUUUUCUUGUCUUGAGAAGCUGCGGGUUGCCUUCGCCCCUGCAGCCCACAGAAACCCACGCUUACCGCUCAUCGCUCCUAUCUUUGCCAUGGAAGAAGACACGAAGAACCAGUUGGCUUUUACCCUCUUCGAUGUUUUUUAGUCAUCAGCUGACCAGACACAGAAAAGUCCAUUUUGUUAUUUGUUCCACUCUGUGUGCCUUGAGAACAGCUUGUGUGGCACGACCAUCCUGGGUGUUUUUGCAUCUAUUAAAUCUCUGCAAGUCGGUUUUCUAUAAGGCUGUCCUGUGAAUGUGUUGGUCUCUUUGGAGGCCUUUGUGUCCUUCCUUCUGAGGGAAAGGGGGAGGGGACAGUGCCUGGGUGUCUGAUUUAGUCAUCCAGCAGUGUGGAGUUCAGUGCAGGCGUGCUCUGCUCCUUUUUAUGGGUGACAGAAACAAGGCUUGGGCCCCUGGUAAGGUGUAGAGCCCUGCACGCCACCCCCAUCCCCUAGAGCACCCUCAGCCCACACCUGCUGCCAGUCCUCAAGGAGUACCGCUCACGUUCACCGUCUACCCUUUCCCUGUUCCCCACUUGCUAGGCUAGAGACCCCUGGGGCUCCUUCCCCAAAGACAAAGCCGUGCCCUGCACCCUAGCCUUAAGCUGGCCGCAUUAAGUGGCUUUUCCCCCUAAUCCCGUGGGUGAACAGUCCAUGUAUAUUCUUGGGUUUGUAGCAAGGGAGAGAACCAACUCACAUGGCCUUCCUUCAUACAGCUGUAUAGAAACCAACUGAAAACAAGGGAGCUUAGCCCAGGGGCCUGGCCGCCCCUAGGAAGGAAGGAGGAGCUGAGGGGCAUCAGGCUGACAGCUCUUGAGUGCUUCGUGUGCUGUGGUUUCCUGAUGCUCGUUUCUAAUCUCAACCUUAGGAGACCGACAGUCUAGAGAUGAGGAAGUUUUAAGCUCAGAGAGGUUAAGUAACUGUAGGUCAAAGUCACAGAGCAAAUAACUAGGAUUUGAACUAGAUCCAUCUGUUCCUGAAAGUCAAAUUCCGUUGCCCACAACCGUCCCAGUCAACAGCUCCUGUUUCUUCCAGGCUUACAGCACAGUCCCUGGCAGCUUGGUCUGAACACCUGGAAUCCUGCAACUGGUGGGUUCUAGCUGGGGUGGUAAAACCUUCCUGGGCUAGGGUUUAAAAAGGGAAUUUGGGGGCCUGGGAAUGUAGUACCAUAUUAUUUACUUGUUUAGCAUGUAUGUGGCCCUGGGAUCAGUCCCCAGUAUAGC